AUCAAAUAGUUUUUCAUUGAUUUUGUGGUGUUUUAUGUCAUUUUUUGUGAAUUAAAUUGUUGCUAAUUUAAUUGUUUGUCUUAAAUUGAUGUUUUGAAAUUUGAAGUUUUUGUGUUACAAUGAACAUUUAUCGUGGUCGAAACCGCACGGAAGUUUAUCUUGCUUCAAUACUUUAUGAUUCUAUUGAAGAUCAAGAUAUAAAUUCAAUUAUUAAAUUAUUAACCGAAAAACAUGCUGAUCCAAAUUUAAUCCUACCAGAAAAAGGAAUUUCAUCAUUUCAUUUGACGAUUGGAAACGAAUCGGAAUCAUUUGCACUUCAAGUCACUGCAUUGAUAAUACAACACGGUGGCGAUCCGAACGUUAAAUCAGACGAAGGAUUGACGCCAGUUCAUAUUGCCGCUGCGUGGGGUCGUUUAAACAUUUUGGAUCUGUUGUUAAAGUGCGGAGGAGAUCCACAAGUUACCGAUAAUUGUUAUAAAUCGCCAAUUGAUUAUGCAAAAUCUGAAAAACAUCUUGAAGCUGUACGAAUUAUGCAGGAGCUUAUUGAUUAUCAACGGACAUUUUUAUUUAAUGAAACGAAAAAGCCGACAUUUAUAAUGAAAUUAGAUAAGGUUUUGCUUAAUAGCGGCCAAUUGAUCGGCGAAUACAAACCGGAAAUCGUCUCAAAUAACGCGAAAAAAGUUGAUAUGAAAAAAUUAAAAGAAAUUCCACUGCGGAACAAUUCCCACUACGUUCAAACUUGGUGUAACAGUCAGGAUCCAACAAAUUCUUAUCAAGAUAGUAAUUCGCAAGAUUUAGAUCCAUUAGAUUUUGGAUCAUCGUCGUCGCAGAAUUCGCAAAAAUCAACUGGUUCAUUUAAAUUUAAUAAACGAAAACCUCCAAUUGAUUCGACGUGUUCUUCUAUAGAUUGUGAUUAUAAAGAAUCAUCACGUGAAAGUGGAAUUUUAACGUUUCCGGAAUCUGAAGAAGAAAACACUCGAGGUUUAUAUGACGAUGAUUUUAAUAGAAAAUUAGAUAGGAAAUUAAUUAAUUCAAAUGCAAAUAAAGACAGUAGUAGCGAUUAUUGUACUUGUACAGAUGGUUCAAUGGAUUUAAAUAUAAAUCAAUUUGAAAGGAAUAUUUUCGACAUUGGAUCAAUUUGUACAGAAAAAAGUAGUAUAGAUGCAACUUUUGUUAGUAUUUCUGAAAUUUAUAAGUAUACGGAUGAUGAGGAGGGUGUUGUUUUGUAUGAAAAAAGGGUUUUAACACCAACAAUUAGUGCAAAUGGAAAUGAAAGUGUUAUUACAACUUUAUCUCAAAUUUCACUUCCAAAAACUUUUGAUUAUGACACUGAUGUAUUAAGAAAAGAGUUAAAAGCACAAGGAUUUGAUCCAGGUCCAAUUACAAAAACCACUAAAAGAGUCUAUUUGAAGAAAUUGUAUCAUAUUAAGCAACAUCCAGAGCAGGUUGUUGCAAAUAUAGAUGAUAAUAAAAAAGUUUAUUCAAGGGAGCUUCAAAAAACACUAACAGAUCCUUUAACGUCAAUAAACAUAACCCGAUAUUCUCAAUUAGAAGAUGAAAUGAGACACCAAUUUAUUUCACCGGAUCCAUCACGUCGCUGGCGCGAGGGAACGACGAAAUCUUCAUUCACCUACCUUCUUCUUGACCCAAGAAUAACACAAAACUUGCCGAAUCGUUACGAAAAACUCGAUAAAAGUGAAAUUUGGCGAACGUUUCUCGAUUCAAUAUUUUAUGUAGGAAAAGGAAAACGAUCCAGACCAUACUCUCAUUUGUAUUCCGCCGUAAGAACUUAUAAUAAAGAUGUUGAAACAGACUGUGAAAAAUUGAAAAGAAUAAGAAAUAUUUGGAGCGAUAAAUACGGGGUGAUUUGUUUACAUUUAUUUCAAAAUACGAUACCGGUCGAAGCAUACACGCGUGAAGCGGCGAUGAUACAUGCCUUAAAACUGGAAAAUGUAACGAAUAAGAAGUAUGGGGAUUAUUAUGGGGUUGCAGCUACGUGGAAUCAACAACAAAAGUGUGUUUUUGGAGUGUUUUUAUUAUAUAAAGCUUUACAAAUAUUUUUACAUGAAGGCGAAAGGCAGUUAUAUCCUAAUGAUAUUGAUUAGAAAAAGGUUUUAACGAAAUAAUGUACAAUUAUUAUUACAAAGUAUAUAAAGUUGCAAUAAUUUAUAUGUAAUUUAUACAAAGAAAGGUAGUUUUAUACUUUUAUAAAUUUUGUUAUAUCGAAAAUUUUAUUGACGAAAUAAAAAUUAAUGAAUCUAAAACA